AUGGCUCCCAAAACUGGCAAGACCAAGCCUCACAAAGCCAAGGGCGAGAAGAAGAAGAAGGAAGAAAAAGUUCUGCCGACGGUCAUUGAAAUCGCCGUUGAGACGCCGGACGAGUCACAAGUCACUCUCAAGGGAAUAUCGACGGACAGGAUCCUGGAUGUGAGAAAGCUACUGGCCGUCCACGUCGAGACAUGCCAUUUAACCAACUUCUCCAUCUCCCACGAGGUAAAGGGACCCAGACUAAAAGAUUCGGCGGAUAUCAUCUCUCUCAAACCCUGCCACCUCACCAUAGUUGAAGAGGAAUACAGUGAAGAGCAGGCCGUAUCUCACAUCCGCCGGCUCCUCGACAUCGUCGCCUGCACCACUUCCUUCGGCUCGUCGCCGAUCAAGCCGGCCUCCGCCCGUAAGGACGCCGCCGGGAAGGAUGUUAGCUCGACGGAAUCGGAAGCGAGUCAGAGCGACGGCGGGGAUGAUGCCGGCGCUGGCAAGCCCAAAGGCGGAGGAGAUAAGAAGGCCGGUGGGGCGGUCAGCCGAAGCAAGAGCUUCGGAAAGGAUGGCUGCACGGAUCUGUCUCCCAAGGGAGAUUCGGCUGCUGCUGCGGCUGCGAUUAACAUGUACCCGCCGCCGCGGCUAGGGCAGUUCUACGAGUUCUUCUCGUUCUCAAACCUAACGCCGCCGGUUCACUACAUUCGAAGAUCUAAUCGGCCGUUCCUCGAAGAUAAAACGAACGAUGAUUUUUUCCAGAUAGAUGUUAGGGUUUGCAGUGGGAAACCAAUGACAAUUGUUGCUUCGAAGAAAGGGUUUUAUCCAUCCGGAAAGCGCAUCCUUCUUUGCCAUUCGCUGGUCAGCUUGCUACAACAGAUUAGCAGGCCUUUCGAUGCUGCUUACACAGCUCUUAUGAAAGCUUUUACAGAACAUAACAAGUUUGGCAAUCUUCCUUAUGGUUUUCGAGCAAAUACAUGGGUUGUGCCACCAGUUGUUUCUGAAAACCCAUCUGUUUUCCCCCCACUUCCAGUGGAAGAUGAAAACUGGGGUGGAAAUGGAGGCGGGCAAGGAAGGACUGGUAAACAUGAGCACAGGCCGUGGGCAAAGGACUUUGCCAUUUUAGCUGCAAUGCCUUGUAAAACUGCAGAAGAGAGACAGAUCCGUGAUAGGAAAGCCUUUCUGCUCCACAGUUUAUUCGUCGAUGUUUCUGUUCUCCGAGCUGUUAGGGCAAUCAAGCAGAUUAUUGAUACUAAUCAGUGUUCUCUAAGUAAGACUGGCCUGUUUCCCCAUGAGGAAAGAGUUGGGGAUUUACUUAUUAAGGUGACAAGAGAUGACUCUGAUGCAAGCACCAAGUUAGAUCGUAAGAAUGAUGGUAGCCUGGUACUUGAACUGCCACGGGAAGACCUCGCGCGUCGAAAUCUGCUUAAGGGCAUUACUGCUGAUGAAAGUGCAACUGUUCAUGAUGUUUCUACCCUCGGAGUUGUGAUUAUCCGACAUUGUGGAUACACAGCUGUUGUGAAAGUCUCGGGAGAUGUGGACUGGAAGGGGAGUCCUAUUCCUCAGGACAUUGAUAUUGAAGACCAACCAGAAGGAGGUGCCAAUGCCUUGAAUGCCAAUAGCUUGAGAAUGCUAUUGCACAAGUCUCCAACAUCUCAAUCGCCGAAUACGAGCCAGAGAUUACAGAGUGGAGACGCUGAAAAUGCGCGUUCUGCGAGGGCACUUGUCAGGAAGGUACUGGAGGAAAGUCUACAGAAGUUGCAUGAAGAACCCAGUAAACGUGUCAAGUCCAUCAGAUGGGAACUAGGCGCGUGCUGGGUUCAACACUUGCAAAAUCAGGCCUCAGGUAAAACCGAUCCUAAACAACCUGAAGAGAAAAAGCCUGAGCCUGCUGUGAAGGGACUGGGAAAGCAAGGCGCUCUGCUGAAGGACAUAAAGAAAAAACUAGAUGUAAAAAAUGCUAAAACAGAAGAGGGAAAAGAUAUUUCUUUAACUGAGACUAUGAAGAAAUCGGAUGGCACGGAUCACAAAGAAGAGGAGAAGAAGAAACUUGAAGAUAUGGAGGUCAUUUGGAAAAGAUUGAUUCCUGAAGCUGCAUAUCUGCGGCUUAAAGAAUCUGAAACUGGUCUUCAUCUAAAGUCGCCUGAGGAGUUGAUUGAAAUGGCACAUAAAUACUAUGCAGAUACCGCUCUUCCGAAACUGGUAGCAGAUUUUGGCUCCCUCGAGCUGUCUCCGGUUGAUGGAAGAACAUUGACAGAUUUUAUGCAUACAAGGGGUUUACAGAUGUGUUCUUUGGGGCGUGUGGUUGAGCUUGCAGACAAACUCCCCCAUGUGCAAUCACUCUGUAUACAUGAAAUGAUUGUUCGAGCCCACAAGCACAUAUUGCAAGCUGUUGUAGCUGUGGUAAACGACGCUUCUGAGCUGACUGCAUCGAUUGCAGCAUGCUUGAAUAUAUUGUUGGGAACUCCUCCACCUGAAACAGAGGAUGCAGAGAUUGUUGAGGAUGAUAAGUUAAAGUGGAAAUGGGUGGAAACCUUCCUUUCCAAGAGAUUUGGGUGGCAGUUGAAGCACGAAAGCUGCCAAGAUCUCAGAAAAUUCGCAAUUCUUCGUGGACUUUCCCAUAAAGUUGGGCUUGAGCUCCUUCCCCGGGACUACGAGGUGGAUACUGCAUCUCCUUUUAGGAAGUCUGAUAUCAUAAGUAUGAUCCCUGUCUAUAAGCAUGUUGCAUGCUCGUCAGCAGAUGGACGGACAUUAUUGGAAUCAUCCAAAACUUCCUUGGAUAAGGGGAAGCUGGAAGAUGCUGUUAAUUAUGGCACCAAGGCACUCUCAAAGCUGGUUUCAGUCUGUGGCCCUUAUCAUCGGAUGACUGCUGGAGCGUACAGUUUGCUUGCUGUAGUUCUUUACCAUACUGGCGAUUUUAAUCAGGCAACCAUUUACCAGCAGAAGGCAUUGGACAUUAAUGAAAGGGAGCUUGGACUUGACCAUCCUGAUACUAUGAAAAGCUACGGGGAUCUAGCCGUCUUCUACUAUCGUCUUCAACACACAGAAUUAGCAUUGAAGUACGUCAACCGGGCACUCUAUCUCUUGCACUUAACGUGUGGACCAUCUCACCCGAACACAGCUGCCACAUAUAUCAACGUGGCGAUGAUGGAAGAAGGAUUGGGAAACGUCCAUGUUGCUCUUAGGUAUCUUCACGAGGCUCUGAAGUGUAACCAGAGGCUACUUGGGGCUGACCAUAUUCAGACUGCUGCUAGCUACCAUGCCAUUGCAAUCGCUCUUUCAUUGAUGGAAGCUUAUUCCUUGAGCGUUCAGCAUGAGCAGACUACGCUUCAAAUCCUGCAGUCGAAGCUUGGGUCUGAGGAUUUACGCACUCAGGAUGCUGCAGCCUGGCUCGAGUAUUUCGAAUCCAAGGCUCUCGAGCAGCAGGAAGCUGCGCGUAAUGGCACUCCCAAGCCUGAUGCCUCCAUCUCCAGUAAAGGCCACUUGAGUGUGUCGGACCUUUUGGACUACAUAACUCCAGACGCAGAUCUAAAAGCAAGAGAGGCCCAGAAGAAAGCACGCGCAAAGAUUAAAGGAAAACCAGGCCAGAAUGGGGAACCGGGCGUUUCAGAAGAAUACCAGAAGGACGAGGAAGCACCACCACCAACUUCCCACGUCGAGGAUAACUCCAGCGACAAGGAGAACAAAUCCGUGGCCCAGUUCGAUGCUCCACGAGACGAGAAAAAGCCCGAUCAGAACCAGUCCCAGUCGAUAUCGAUCAAGACCGACGUCGUCAUUGUUACUACUCAGGAGGAAGAUUCCGACGAAGGGUGGCAGGAAGCCGUCCCCAAAGGCCGCUCCCCUGCGAACAGAAAACCUUCUGCUCCAGGUGGCGGUUCGAGGAGGCCGAGCCUCGCGAAGCUCAACACCAACUUCAUGAACAAUGCCUCUUCCCAGUCGAGAUUCCGCGGUGGGAAGCCAAGCCCGAACGAUUCUGCUUCUCCUGCUUCCGCUGCGGCAGUUGCUGUUCCCGCCAAGAAGUUCGUUAAGAGCGCGAGUUUCAGCCCGAAAGUCAACCAAGCCGUUGGUGGACCGGAGAAAGUUGUGGGAAAUCCCAAAUCUGCCCCUGUGACUCCAGCUACUAAUGACGCAGUUUUGAGACCGGUUUCGGCGGGAAGCCAGAUCAGCGUUCAAGCAGCUGGGAAGCUCUUCUCUUACAAAGAAGUUGCUCUGGCUCCUCCAGGGACGAUCGUGAAGGCGGUGGCCGAACAGGUUCAGGUUCUGCCACCGCCGAAGGAGGGGACUCGUUCGAGAGAACCGAGUCCCGAAAUCUCCGCUACUCCUACUACCGAUUCCUCGAGUUCAAAAAAUGGAGAGGAAGGAACAAAGCCACCACCCCCACAAACAGAGCAAUCAGCCGAGACUAAGGAAGCAGAAACAAAGCCUGCUGAAGAAGUAGUAGUAGUAGCCGAAACUCAAGCUUCUGCCACCGCCGACGAAGUUGGGAUUCAGGAAUCAGGAAAUGCAGUUGAGGAAGAAGUGUCAUCGACCAAUGUGGGAUUGCCCCAAUCCGCUGCUGCACCCGAUGAAGUGGCAGCCGUUGCUGCUGAGCAGCAAGAAGCAGAGGAGAUUCUUCAACCAGGGGAGAAACAGAGUGAAGCCGAGAAUGGAAAGGAAGGAACGAAGAAGCUAUCAGCAGCUGCACCCCCGUUCAAUCCAUCUCAGAUUCCGACAACAGCAGCGAUCAUUCCGACUUUCGGCUCUGUCGGGGUUCCGGCGUUUAAGGACCACGGUGGGAUUCUGCCUCCGCCGGUCAACAUCCCUCCGAUGCUCCCUGUCAACCCGGUAGCGGUACGGAGGUCUCCUCACCAGUCGUCGGCUACGGCGAGGGUGCCAUAUGGUCCCAGGCUGGCCGGUGGGUACAACAGGUCCGGAGGGAACAAUCGGGUCCCAAGAAACAACAAACAUUUCCACACUGCCGGUGAAAAUGUCCCCGCCGGUGACGGGAAUCAGUUGAGCCCUCCAAGGAUUAUGAACCCACAUGCUGCCGAGUUCAUUCCUGGCCAACCUUGGCUCCCCAAUGGCUACCCGGCCGGCUCCCCCAACGGCUACCUGGCUGCUCCUCCGACAAUGACCAACGGGUUCCCUGUUUCCCCGACCGGCAUUCCUCUGUCCCCCAACGGAUACCCGGUGGCUCCGAUGAACGGGUUCCAGGAGUCUCCUCCUGUUAGUCCCGUCGAAGCCACUGCCACCGCCGAAAACAACCAAACUGAAACGGCGGCGGAGAAGAGCGGCGGUGUUGAGAGUUCAUCUCCAGAAGAAGCAGAAGUAGAGAAUCAGCAAGAUGAUGAUCACAAUGAGGUGGUGGCUGAGAGUGCCUCCACAGAGGAAGGAGAACAGUUGGCUGAUUCAGUAUCCGUUCCUGCUGAUAAAGUGGCGAAUCCGAUCGUCGAGGAGAAACAGGGCAAGUCGUGGGCGGAUUACAGUGACAGUGAAGCCGAGGCUGUCGUGGACGUUUCGUGUUGA